CGUGACGUCACCGACCAGAAGGCGGGAAAGUGGUCGGGAAAGUGGCGGAACAUAUAUACAGUGUUAUCUACUAUAUACCUAAUAUACAGUGUUAUAUACUAUAUACUUCAUAUACAUACAUUUUUGGUAAUUUCUACGGAAUCUGACUACACCCAAAUCUGACACCACGGCUCCGGUUUCUCUUUUCAUACCGGCAGAAUGACCUCUGUGCAGUGACCGGUUGCUACGGUAUACAGGUCCUUUUCUCCCUUUUUACCCUCAGACAGAGUUGGCCGGAUGAGGAAACAUGAACCAGUUUUCAGCGGAGCGUCGGGUGUCGGAGAUCUGGCGACAGGAUGUAGGUGAUUGUUCUGCCGCAGCGCCCAUCACGGCUCCCCACGCAGGUCUGCAGGAAGGGAAGGGUUAAAACCAAAUGGAGCAGCCCACAAGGAUUGGCCCUGCCCCUGGUACACACCUCUGGCAGGUAAAUAAGCUUCUUACAGGCGGAAGGACUUGACUGCUGGAGGGGGCUGUAACACAAGAGAGGAACUCCGGCUGGCCGCACUGAGGACUUCACUGUGGGGUACAAGGUACGGGAGAUGAGUUCAGCCAGGAAUUGAUCUGAAGAAUUAAUUUUGAGUUGGGAUCUUAUAAGAGUUGGAAGCUAUCUCCGACUGUUUCAAAUAUUACAGAUGUAUAUUGAAGUCAACAAACUUGGUGUAAAUGGCUUUUAAGACCUGGAGUAAACACUAAACGAAAAAUGGCCGAAACCCAGAAUGCGAUCCUUAAACCGGACUCUUCCGAGGAAAAAGAUCUUGAUCCUGUAGACUUUCUUGCUUUGCAGAAGAUUUCAGAAGAGAAGAAAAAGCAAAGAAGCGUCGGCUUCUAUGAACUGGAUUUCCUGAACACUUCAAAGGAGUUAGAAGAACCAGAAGCCACAAACACUGUAGAGUCUGAAGUUACAGAAGAUGAGGACAAAAAAUAUCCAGAAGACAAGAGUCAUAAGAACAACAUACAGGAUGGACAACCUGAAGGAAACAAAGAUCCACCUGCCAGCUACCCUGACCAGGCUCUACCCUCAUCACCGAAACGUUGUAGAAAACAGAGCAACCCAACCUGUCUAUGCAAGGAAUGUGUAGAGAACUACAUGAAUCUGUGUGAGACCAGCAAUGAUCAAGUCCUGGAGGGUGAACAAAAGAAAGACGAGGCCGUCCCAACUUUUGUCAGUACACCCUCUAACUCUGAGAGGAGCAGAAGUGGCUCAGAGACUUCAAGACUCACAAAUUCCUCUGAAGACGAUUUUGUGGGCACAAAGUAUGAAGAUGCCCAAGUGACACUGCCCUACCCUGAUAACCACCGGCCACCCGAGUGUAUUACGAGGUUGAGCGAUGCCGGCUUGUAUGAUCCUGGUGAAGACCCUACGGAGAAGACCGGAGAGGAGGAUAAUGUUUCCCAGGUGGUUAUUAGCUCUGCUUUUUUUGUUGAACACCCUCCUCUGGAGGAACAUAAGAAAAGCGUCCAGAUAGAUCUGUGUGAAAAGGUGGACAUUGAAAAAGGAGAUCCUGAGAAUGAGCCCUUAUUACGGCUCACCCGGAGAUCUACUGAGACAGAACCUGUAUAUCCAGGGUGCUGCCAGUGUCAUCUGGCCUGCCUGAAGAUUGUGGGAUCCUUUGUCCUCUCUAUGGUGAUAUUCCCGGCCCUCCUUUUCGCAGCCUACGCAUGGUUGCCCUUCGAUGCCCCUGUCAUUCCGGAUGUACCAACCAGACUGGUAUACACUUUACGGUGUUCAGCCUUCGCCUCAUUCCCUAUUGUUCUGGGUGUUCUAGUCCACGGGAUCUCGCGUCUCUGUGCCUCGUCCUAUGAUCCAUUCAAACCGCGAGAGCGAGAGGUGACGAUCCACAGACGCUUUGUGAAGCAGAGCACCUUCCUCUUCGUCUUGUUCUUCUUCAACCUCUCGGUGCUGUCCACUUACCUGCCCCAGGGGCAGCUGAAGUUCAUCCCGCUUCUCACUUGUCUCUUCUCCUUGUCUCAGCUGAUUUACUGGCUGUCGUUUGCUGUCGGCCGAUCCUUCCGUGGUUUUGGUUACGGCCUGACGUUCCUGCCUCUGGUCAGCAUGAUGAUAUGCAAUCUCUACUUCAUGUUUAUUGUCGAGCCGGAGAAAAUGGUCUUUCUUGGAAACAGAGUUGUACCCCAGCACUGAAAACCAAUCAGAACGCUUCAUUUAAUGGUACUACAAAAUGGCUACAUCAUUGCUCCUUGGAUGGGCUUUUGUAUAUGGUGAGCCAUUGGCAGAUUAGCAUUGUGAGCAGUAUGUUACAUGAUACAGAUUUUUGGAUGAAGCCUGGUUGUACUGCUCCCCACUUGUCUUCUGUUGAUCUUUGAUAUAGUUAUUUCUAAUGGUUCAGUUUUGUGUCCUGAUCCGCUGCCGCCUUUAAAAGGCCACCCUGUGUCUUCCAAUGCAGAUUCCAGGGACUUCUCAGUCCGUAAGCUCCUGCUGAAAUUGCUGCUUCUUCUCAAGUUCCUGUUCUGUGUUCUUUACCAUUAAGGGAAUAUUCCUUCUCUUGAAGCUUAGACUUUGGUUUGGGGGACAUGUCGGAUGCUACUGCCCAGACCCUUAUUGAUGGUGGUGUCUGUGGCCUUGCGUUUGGCUGCAGUCAGCCUCUGCCACCUAUAUGGCUGGUGCUGUUCCUGCAUAGGGGGUAACAUCUUACUGUGUUUUUUUUUAUUUAUUUUUUUCCAACGGCUGUCCGGGCAUGCUGGGAGUUGUAGUUUUGCAACAGCCGGAGGUACCCUGGUUGGGAAACACUGGCAUACAGGCAUCUCGAGGACCUUCUUGUCUGUUUACUACUGUGUCUUGGAUUUUCCUGAAUCACUGCCACUGACUGCAUUGUCACCAAAACGCUCAUCUGUUCUUAUCUGUCAUGGAUUCUGAAUGUUUUUCAUGGGGAAAAAAAACUAAAGCUGAUAAAUGUUGAAGAAUCUUAGAGCAGUUUUGCAAAAGAAAAAAAGUAUUUUUUUUUCUUUUUUAUGCAGUUGGUAAAAAAUAGGAAAAAGAAACUAUACCUGCAUAUCCCUGAUCUCCCCGCUGUUCCUAUUCAAUUCCAUCUGGUUCUCCGAUACAGCCCUAGUGCAGGACCUCAACCAAUCACUGGCAGAGACAGGACACUACUGGGGUCAGUGAUUGGCUGAGCCAACAGGUCCUACAACAAGCGCUUGCCUUGAGAGCAAAAAGCAGAUUGGGCUGGACAGAGCCGAAUGGGACCAGUGGUGGACCAGGGAUAGGGAAGGAUAGAGUUUGUUUUUUCUUUAUUAUAAUAUUUCUCCUGGGCCUGAGUGGUGAUGUAAAUUUUUUGCAAAACACCUGAUAUCCCUGAAGUCUUCCUGUUAGGUAGACAUAGUGUGAUCCUCUUCUACUAUGGAAUGUUCCUGAAAUCAUGGGGGGGGGGGGGGGGCACAAAAAUAAAUGAAAAUAAAUAAAAAUAAAACUUUGCUCAUGGCCUCAAGAAGCAACAGCACAGAGUUACUAUUCGGAUGGGUACAUGAUGAGAAGCCGUUGGAUGGUGACAUCUCUUCGUGCCCCGUCCUGUCCGCUCAUUACUGUGCCUGAGAUUUUAGGAAGGUAUCAUUAUAUGCUGGAGAACAUUACAGGUUACAGCAAUGGUUAACCUCUUAACUGCUAGAUGCACUACACGCUAUAUGUUGUCUGCCCGUCUGUAUACUGUGUAUUCUGUAUUUUCUGACUUUCGGUAGCAGAUGUACUCUUCCGGUUUUCUUUCUAUUAAUGUUUUAUAUAAAUGAGAAAAUGUAAGUGACAUUAUUUAUUAGGAGCCUUGUGUAUGCUUGUAAAUAAAACGUAUAAUAAUGAUCAUGUCUUCUGGGAGG